CAGAAGCCGAUGACGCAACAGGGAAGUUAAAGUUUGCUUCAGUUGUGUGUCUGCUUCACUGAGCGGCGGUGACGGAAGUUUUCGCUUUCCUAACGAUUUUCCUGAGCUCCUGAGCAGAGCGAUGAGGCUGUUUGUUUCGGCUGUGUUUCUUUUUCUGAUGGUGGUUCACGUCCGGAGCUGGGAUGACGGCAGCGUGCUGCUACGGGACAUCCAGGUGUUGACUCUGUACAAGGGUCGCUACACCACAGCGAGGCGCUCCAGCCCCAUUCCUCAGCUCCACUGUGUUGGAGGAUCAGCAGGCUGCCAGGCCUUCGUCCCCGAGGUGGUCCAAUGUCAGAACAAAGGCUGGGAUGGAGUGGACGUACAGUGGGAAUGUAAGACCGAUAUGGACAACAUGUACCGAUUUGGUAGCAUCCAGGUGAGCUGUGAGGGCUAUAACCAUCCUGCUGAUGCCUACAUACUGAAGGGCUCCUGUGGGUUGGAGUACACAUUGGAACUGACUGAAGAGGGCCGGAGGAGGACGCAAGGCAGCUGGGGCUCCCAAAGUGGAUUCAAGGGAUUUGGAGAUCUCGGGGGCUUCGCUUCCAGUUUCUUCAGCGGUUUCUCUGGAAACAAGCAUCAGCAGCAGAGCCGUCAGACCUCAUACCCCAAAGGCAGUGAGGACUCAGGAGGCCUGCUGGUGGUGGCUGUGCUUCUGCUCUUAGGCUACGGCGUCUACAAGCUGUUCCUCAGUGGGAACACAAACAACUGGGGGCAGAAUGGAGGACAGGCAGGGUACCCCAGAGACAAUCACCAUGGCUCCACUGCAGGACCACCACCCCCUGGAUUCAAACCUGACUACACAGGCUAUCCUGAUGCCAAUCCAGGCUACGGUUUCCAUAGUGACUACACUCACGGACAACAGUACCCAGGAGGCCGAGCUGCUCCCGGCACAGGUGGAGGCUUCUGGUCUGGCAUGGGGACAGGAGGCCUGCUAGGAUAUCUUUUUGGUCGUCAGAGAAACCAGCCCCACAAUUACAACUACUCCAGUUACAAUGACAGCAGGCCUCCUACUGCUACACACCCCUCCACCUCCUCUUCUGGGACACGCACUGCUUCAGGUUUUGGAGGAACCAAAAGAAGAUAGAAGCUGUGAAAAUGGACAAUUUCUCUCCAGUGGAUGGCACUGACAGAAUGUAAAGUGGUGACAGAUGAGGUCAGUGUUUGCUGGUGGCAGGUCACACAUGACAAAGGCGCCAUGGGAAGAGCCUCUCGUGCAGAGAUAAACUUGUCCAACAAUAUAGUAACAUUGCUCUCCUGCUCUGCAUUCCUCUGGACAGCUCACUGUUAUUUCAACCACAGGAAGCUCUUGUUUUUGUGCGGUUUGAGCUUUUGCCUAAAGGCUUUAGUUUUUGGACGUGGUAUAACUUUCAGAUGUUUUAAAAAGAGGAUGGUCUCUUUGUAGGAAAGAUGACGAAUUACAAUGAGAAUCCCCUCUUAAAUUCUUACUUUUAGUCGUGUGAUCUUGUAGAGGGAAAUGUUGUCUCAGUUUUCUCUUUCCUGAACUCCUCUUGACUUUCUUUGUGAGAAUGAGUGUGUUCUGUCUCAGACCAGAAAUUAAAACUUGAACACCUUCUGCAUUCACAUAACAGAAAUAUGGAGAAAAUAAUGUGCACAGGUUCUGUCUGGCUCUGUGCUCCUGUUUUUAAAACUGCAGCUGAACAGAAGUGAGAAACAUGAGUGAUAUGAAUCGAAUUAGUAAAUCAGUAAACAAAACAAAAACAUAACAUUUGUGUGUACAUUCAAAAUCCAGUUUCAUCAGUGCUUUAUUUGCCUUUACCUGCUAGCCCUCACACCUUUGCUUCCCAUAGCAUUUGAUGAAAUCGCUUAAAGUGUGUGUAGCAUUGUGUUGAAGUAAACAUAUUAUUUUGAGGAAAUGAUUUGUGAUAUUUUGUAACUUAGCUAAUAAAAAGACAAAAAUUGUA